UUCAACCAUACUAAAAUCUCAAUGGCAGACAUUUCACCUCAUGUGAAAAGGACCCUUUCCAUACUCUAACAUUACCUCUCUUCUCUCCUUCUGUUGUUUUCUCUCUUCACAACCCCUCUCUUUUUAUAUAGAAAAAGGUUGCAUUUUUAUUUUAGCAUGCAUUCUUCUCUUGCUUGUUUGUUGGGAUUUUGAAACUCAAAGAUCGGAUCGAUAGUCAUCUCAUUUUGGCGACCCUACACAUGAUAUCUCUCUCUUUCUCUAUGUUUUUCUAAAUGGUUUAACAUGGACCUUUUGAAGACGCACAGGGAGAGUGACUGAUCUCUGAAAACACAUAGCUUUCUUAGCAAAAUCAAAGUUGUUGGAAGGAAGGGUAAAUGUCUUCUUCCAACUCUCCAUGUGCGGCAUGCAAGUUCUUAAGGAGAAAAUGCACACAAGAAUGUGUUUUCGCACCAUAUUUUCCACCGGACCAGCCUCAAAAAUUUGCAAGUGUCCAUAAGGUAUUUGGUGCUAGUAAUGUUGCUAAACUUUUGAAUGAGCUCAAUGCUGCACAACGUGAAGAUGCUGUUAAUUCACUUGCCUAUGAAGCUGAAGAACGGCUUCGUGAUCCUGUUUAUGGCUGUGUUGGGCUAAUUUCAAUUCUUCAACAUAGACUGAAGCAACUCCAGAAUGACCUUUAUUGUGCUAAGAAAGAACUAGCUAAUUAUAUAGGGCCUCAAGCAAUGCUACCUAUGGUGAUGCAGACACAACAUAUGGGCAAUCCUUCUUCUUCAACUGUGAUGCAACAUAGUGUGAUGCCAAUGAUGGGUAUUCCUUCUGUUGGACAAAUGGGGAUGCGUGCAGAGGCUCAUCAACAUCAAAACCAUCAUGUCCAUCCACAGCAACUCUACGAGGCUCAACAGUUGGCUGCUGUGGUGGCUGCAAGAGAGCAGGAGAUAUUAAGGGCUUAUGAGCAACAGCACCAUCAGCAAGAAAUUGUGAGAUUUAACGGUGGUCUUGAGCCAGCUAAUUCAGUUGCUGCUACUGGGUAUCAUCAGAUCAAUCCAUCUGCUGCUGCUGCUGCUAUGCCACCCUCUUUGGCUCUAGGAACUUUUGACAACACUUUUCAGAUUCAAACACAAGGAGAGCCCCAUCCCAAUCAGCUUCAGGCACAGGUUUUGCUUCAGCCACAACAAAUCCAACAGCAUCCAAAAUCUGAAAGCGAGGAAGGUAGGAGUGGUGGUCCUUCUUGUUGAUGUUUUGGCGACACUGUGUAUCUUUCUUGCUAGUUUCUUAUGGCGAUUUUCCAAUCUAGCUAGGUAGCUCUUAUAUAAAUGCCGGACACAAGUGGAUAGAAAGAAAUACAUAGAGAGAGGGAGGGGGGAGUUUGACAUCUAAAAUCUAAAGGCAGUAUUUUUUCAUGUAAAAUUUUUGGCCCCUGGAGAAGAAGACUUUCUGGAGAGACGCAUCUUGGAAUGAAGGAUCUGUCUUGGUUUUCGAGUACAGCUUUCGUUGAUCUGGCGUUUGGACUUAAAUUAAUGCAGAGAACGUUUAUGUAAAUCUGAAGCAUGGGAAGCCUUCUUUGAAGCUUUUGUUUAUUGCCCGUCCUUUAUAUUUUUAUUUUCGCUAUCCCAGUCGUUUUUUAUUGUUAGAAUCUCAUGUUUCUAGUUCUCCUUUAGCAUGCCCACUAUUAGAUCUUUA